CUCCCUCUGCACAGUUAAAGCAGAAGGAGGUGAAGGCAGCAGAAACACAGUGAGACCGUCUGACCAACAUAAUGCUGCGACUCACCAGCAACAUGCGUCUCUUCGUGGUGGUGGUGGUGGUGAUGGUGUGCCAGGAGAUGAUGAUGCUGACCUCUGCUGUGUCCCGGUGUGACCCCCUCACCCAGUAUGACCAGGCCGGCCAGUGCUGCACAAUGUGUGCUCCAGGCACAAAGAUGUUGACUCUCGGCACGUGUUCCGAUCCUCAGUGCGCAGAGUGUGGACCCCACAAAUAUCAGGAUGAAUACACCAGGGACUCCCAGUGUAAACGUCAGCCGUACUGCGACCCGAAUAAAAACCUGGAGGUUUCCCUGCCAGAGAGCAAGAAGAAAGAAAGCACCUGCACCUGCCUGCCGGGUUUCCACUGCUCCAGUGUCACGUGCGUCACCUGUGUGCCGCACACAACCUGUGAACCAGGGCAAUGGGCCAAAUCCGUAGGCAACCACACCCGGGACACCGUGUGUGAGAGCUGCCCCGAAGGCUCCUUCUCCGUCGGCACCUCGUCGGACAGUGUGUGUACGAAGUGGACAGAAUGUGAGAGUGGAUUCCACGUCCAAGAGAAGGGAACCCACGUAUCUGACAUCGUCUGUGAGAAAAGUCUGCGGCAUCAAGGAGGUCUGAUCGCAGCCGCUGUUGUUAUUGGCAGUUUAUUGAUUGUCGUUGUACUCGCAAGUUGUGUUUGCAGAGCAGGAGACACAAAACAAAGGGCAAAGGGCUGUCUGGAAUCGUGCCGCGGAGACCGGGAGAAUUUACCGAGGGAACCCUGCCUGCUGUUAUUCACUCAGGUCAACGAGAUCGAGAAGGAUCCUGAACCGCGGCCGUCACAGGAGGAAGAAGAGACGAAGAUACCGGAGGAGAACCUGGAGGAGCAGCGGGACGAGCUGCUGUCGGAGGCCGUUCUCAGUGAGAACGGACAGUUUGUGACACAGGAGAGGGGCAAAGGCUCAAUCCAGCCCCAACAGGAGACAGAAGCACAGACGUGCACGGACGGAAAAUCCUCAUUCUGAACAGUUUGUAGAUGUGAAUGUAAAUGUUACGACUCGUAUUUCACUUGCACUUAAUUCUCCUUGUGUAAAUAUAUUUCCCUUAGUGUCAACCAUGAAAUUGAAACUGCUGCAGUAGUGUAAAGAUUUUAGAGUGUUGCAUGCAACGUGACUUUAAUGUAUUGGUUUUGUGUGUUUUGUAAUUAAUGGGCUGUUUUUACACGUGUUUGUGUUUCAGUUUGCACGUGUUCUCUCCCUCUUGUGUAUUAGAAUGUGUUUCCAAGUAUAAAAGUGUCACUAAUAAAGUGUGUAAUGGCG